GGUAUCUGUUUCGGCCCUUGUGACGCGUGACGACGCACUGCAAACCCCCAUGUUCGCCAAGGGCACCGCUCUCCUAUCGUAAUGCUCUGCAGUCAUAGCGAUACCGACAGCACGCUGGCAAGAAACUGGCGUAGCGGCAGGCACGCCAGCGUGAAAGGCCGCGCAUGCUCAAUGCCGUAUCUCGAAAGAAGGCGCUUGCUUCGGGAAAGGCACCAAGGAAUGCAGUUUGACGCGCGCUCUCAGAUCCAGUAAUAUUUUCCCCCCGUCCUGUACUUUGUGGCUGCACCUAUCCUUAAUUGGCCCCGGUCGGUGGGACAGAGUCCGUCGGCCGUCGUGCCGCCGCCGCGGCUGGCCGGACGUCCGACGACGUCUUCGACGAGAAGCGAGUGCACGUGUACCGGCCCGCGCUCAAGGUGCGCCAGCGUGCGGUGGCCGAGCCGCAGCACCAGGAGUCUCCGCACCUGGAGUCUCCGCACCAGGAGUCUCCGCACCUGGAGUCUCCGCACCUGGAGACGGGAGAAGACUUCGACGAGUGUCCUCUUCCGGACAUUCUUCCGGUACUGUACGAGCCGACGACUCCCAGCAGGGAGCAAUCUCAAGGUGUCCUCAAUGCCGCAGGUGAGGCUUUGAGCCUGUCGUCGGAGCCACCGCAUUGGUCUUCCCUCGAUGACGUCGACGUGCGGCUCAGCCGAGGCCCGUCGCGCGGGAGGCGUGCUUCGUGCAUUCGUCAUCCGGGGCAGCCACAUCGCCGGGGAUCGCGUGUCAGCCUGACAGAUUGUCCAGGACCCCCACUGAGCAGCGCCAACGACCCAUCCUCGGCGGACAUCGAGGACGAGGGCCACUGCACCAGGGGGGCCAUGGUGCUCGUCUCUAGCGCCGGCCUGUUCGUGGUGAGCGCGCUGUGCGUGUUCGUGUUGCAACAGAUGCUGCGCACGCCGUACGUCUCCGUGCCCGUCGUGUGCGCCACGGAGGACUGCGUGAUGCAUGCGCGUCACAUUCUGCGCACGCUCGACGUGUCGGCGAACCCUUGCCUGAGCUUCCACGCGUACGUCUGCGGAGCCGGAAGCGGUGACGCCAGCAAUGACGUGCAAGCGACGACGGCGCCGUCUACCAAGGGGGCGAGUAACUACACUGGAGAAGCUGGUGACGGCCUUCUUCGACACAUCGACCCGGCACGAAGGUUCCACGACUACGACGGUGCGAGCACGGCCUCGACAUGGUGGGAGCGCGAAGACAGUUCGGCGCAGUGCCGAUUCGACAAGGCCCGGUCUGCGCACGAAGCGAGAGCCAUCGGCGACUUGUUCGCCCUCGAUGUGGCUUUGGCGGCGAUGAAGAGGGUCUCGGACGCUUCGCCGCUCAGGCUGAAGCUGCUGGAGAAGCUGACCGCCACGCAGACGUUCUACGUCAGCUACUGCAGCCGCUUUUGCGGCGACCCGGACGCUCGCGAGAAGUGCGACCUCGCCAUGAACGGAUCCGAGUUUCUGGCAGCGUUUGACUGUCAGUGGCAGAUGUUCGAUCGUGGCUGCCUUUUCGUGUAGUCCCGAUGUUUGAUUUUGCAGUUUCUUUACUUACUAUUUUCAUUUCGUGUGAUAGUUGACUUUCCUGUGCGCCGAUUUUUUUUUUUAUAUUUCCGCAUCACAUCAUACGCAGGGAUGCAGCACCGUACUAUCGCGGAAGGAUUCCUGUCUACGCAAUUAUUGCCAGAAUAAUUGUACAUACUCUCAACACAGGAUGUAAACACGGGACCAGAUACCUAACCACGAUUGUUGCGCCAUCUUUGCGGUAUGCACCUUCCUAGUUAUUGUGAACAAGUUGCUCCUGGGGCUCGAAAUAUGUGCUCUCGUUAUUGACUUUCUUUUUUUUGCGAGUUGUCCUUUCCGCUUGUUUCGGACGAGCUUCCUGCGCCAAAGCAAAGACCUGACUUUGUAUGGAUCUACAGUAUUUGUUCCCAGA